AUUGGGAUGCAUUGUGUUCAGAAGGAGCUGCUGAUUGGUCUGGAAGGGCCUUAACUACAGGCCGUUGAUAUUCAUUCAGCUUACUCCAGUGAGGAAAUAGAACGAAAUUUCAAGAUUUGUUCUCCGCCGGGUCUCAAAGUCUUAGGCGAGAGGAAACAGGCUGGGGGGAAGGUUCCAGUGGUGUGAGCCAUGGAGAUAGUGACUGGUGUUUUGAAGUGAAGGUUGAGGAUGGCAUCGGCGGACAGUGAGGUGAAAACGCUGCUGAACUUUGUCAACUUGGCUUCUAGCGACAUCAAGGCAGCGCUGGACAAGUCAGCCCCCUGCCGGCGCUCGGUGGACCACAGGAAAUACCUGCAGAAGCAGCUCAAGCGCUUCUCGCAGAAGUACACGCGGAUGCCGCGGUGUCACUCCGGGCGGCUGCUGGACUCCGGGUCGAAGCGAGGGCUGGACGAGCAGAGCCGGCCCUGUGUGCUCCAGCUCCGAGCUUCAGGAGCCGCAGACAGCGGGGAGCCGCCGCUGCCGCUUCCUCUGCCGCCGGCCCGGCACGGUCAGGUCCCCAUGAGGAAAAGACAGCUGCCCGCCUCCUUCUGGGAAGAGCCGAGGCCCGGGAAAAGCCUGCCGCCUUCCCGGGAGCUGCUGCUGCUGCCGCCGCCGCAUCCCCCUCCGCUGCCGCCGCCCGGAGGGAGAGGCGGAUCGCCCGCUGGUGUUAGCCCCGGGCCGGCGGCUAAGCAGGAACCGCAGUGUGAGCGGGCGGAACCGCUCAGGCUGCAGCUCGCCUCGCUGGCCCGCACCGUCACCCUGUGUACCUGCUGUCCCCUUCAGUACCACCGCCUGUACCAGAGCCACAUGGCACUGCCGCAUGCCGCCUGCCCCGACAUGGGCAUCUGGAGGAAAGCUGCCAACCUGCCGGCCGAGCUCCACGCUUACUCCAAAGACUCCUUGAACGGACAAAGAAUUCACAAACCUGUCGUGUUGAAGCCCAUCCCCACGAAACCCACUGUCCCCCCUCCCCUGUACAACGUCUAUGGCUUUCUUUGACUGUAGCCCAGCACAUUUUCGCUGCGGGAGUGGACUUCCCACCUUUCAGGAGGGAGGUAUGGAAGGCUGCGGAUACAGGAAUGUUUACAAUCUCUGACCAAGCCCCUUCCAUCACUGAGCGAGCAGUUUUUGGGAUUGUAUGUCCGCGUCUUUGCGAGUAUUUUCCGUAUGUCUGCUUUUGUGCUGUAUAUCUGUUUCCUGAAUGUGUAUGUUAGUGCAUAUCUGUGUGUCUAUGUGCUUUGUCAGAAGUAACAAGACACCGGGUUAUAGUCCAACAGGUUUAUUUGAAAACCUGCUCUGAAAGCAGUGUCGUGUGACUUCUGACCCUGUCCAUCCCAGUCCAAAACGGGCACCUCCACAUCUAUGUACUGUACUUUGUACAAUCUGUACAUGUAUGCAUGCUUAUAAGUCUGUGUUAUCUGGAUGUAUGUCUGUAUAUAUGUAUUUCCCGUGUGUAUGUCUACUUAUAUGUUAGUCUGUAUCUGUAUAUACUUCGUAUGAACCUGUAUAUACGUAUGUUUGCUGUGUGUGUAAUUCAUACAGUGUGUAUGACUGCCUGUAUUUAUGAGUGGCUAUGUCUUUGGGCAUGGAUGAUAGUGUGUGUACAUCUUUCAGCAUGUUUAUUUGGAUAGAGAAUGUGUGUUUACGCGUGUGUAUUGGUGCUUGUUUAGAUAGUCCUCUUUUGGUCAUACCUGGGCAAUUUAAACCACACUGCACUGUUUAUUAUACACGUUGCCCCCAGUUCCGAACAGGUAUUGCUCCAUCGUUAUCUGGAAAAUACUAACCUCUGCGGGGUCAUGCGCUUUGCACAAGACUGUCGAACUGAAUAAAGGAGCAGUUACAAAGGAAAUCCAAAAAAAAUUUAAAGAGGCCGACACGCACCCACACACAGAGAGCCGCUCCGGGAAGAGAGGCACAUAUGCUGACCACACCUGCAUCAGUGUUUCGGGGCUGUUUUUUCCCUCUGGAGCCCAGACUAAAGCUGAACAGCAGGUGCUGGAAAUGCGACAAGAUGGGAACGAAAUGUGGCUGGAUUGUUUCAAGGGACGUCCAACGGCGUGUAAAAUCCAGGUUCAAGUGGCCUUACUCGUGUGUUACUUGUCUUGAAUGUCGAUGCGUGGUUAAUGUAACGGACGAUAUAAUUUUAUUGAAUUAAAAAAAGGGACGUGUCCAAUCAUGAUGAA